ACAGUAUCUAGGACGAGUCCCCACUCGGAAAAAAUUCCAAAAGGUUAAGCCGAGGAAAACGAGAGAAAAAAAAGAACGACGUCUCAGAGAGCGAAGCUUUGACAAUGCCAGCCAUGGCGGAGGAGAAGCGGUUACACGGCGGUGCUCACUGGUAGUAACUCUCUCUCUCUCUCUCUCUGCUUCACUCACUCCUCCUAUUUGACCCAUUUCUCCUUGCAACCCACCACCCACCAAUACCAGAUCCAACCCCGUCUUCGUCCUCGUCUUCCUCGUCUUCUUUGACUUCGGUUGGUUCUGGGUAUACUUCGAACUGAACUGGUGGAGGGGACCGGGGAGGGAGAGAGAGAUAUAGAGAGGGAGACGAUGAAUUCGGUCGCCGGCGAGUUCGGGGACGGCGGCGUCGGAGAGGUCGGGAGUGCGGUGGACCACGUGAAGGAGUUCGCCAAAGGGGCGGCGGAGAUGAGCGUGGAGUUGGCCAGGGGUUGCCGGGACAUCGUGAGGCAGACCCUCGGCAACGGGAACUCCUUCCUCGCCAAGUACUUCGGGAGGGACUCGUACGUCGGGGGUAGGCUCCGGGGGCCGUGCGCGACGGCGUUCGCGAGGUUGGAGCGCCUGAACGAGUACUUGCCCGAGGACAAGAGCCCCAAGCAUGUCUGGUCGGUCGUGUUGUUCGUCUCCGUCGUCGUCGUGGCAGCAUUGAGUGUACAUAUUAAACCUAAAGCUUCUGCACCACCUUUGGCGAAGAAAGUAUUCAUACAUCCUCCAAGUGCUAGCCGCAUAUUGCUUCCAGAUGGCAGAUACAUGGCCUAUAGAGAACAUGGUAUUCCACCUGACAAAGCUAGGUUUUCAGUAAUACUGCCACACCCAUUUCUCUCCUCUCGACUCGCAGGUAUACCAGGACUCAAGUCUUCAUUACUGGAGGAGUUUGGCAUUCGAUUAAUAACAUAUGAUCUGCCUGGUUUUGGUGAGAGUGAUCCUCAUCCCCAUAGAAACCUUGAAUCAUCAGCACGGGAUAUUUCUCUUUUAGCAAACGCCUUAGGAGUCAAUGACAAGUUCUGGGUGUUGGGAUAUUCCAGUGGAAGCAUGCAUGCGUGGGCUUCACUGAGGUACAUUCCUGACAGAAUUGCAGGAGCUGCCAUGUUGGCCCCCAUGGUCAAUCCAUAUGACCCUCUAAUGACCAGGGAGGAGAGAUAUAGAACCUGGAACCAGUGGACACGUAGAAGAAAAUUCCUUUUCUUUUUAGCAAGAAGAUUACCUAGAUUUCUUUCUUAUUUUUAUCAUCGGAGCUUUUUGUCCGGACGGCAUGGCCAGAUUGAUAAGUGGCUGUCAUUAUCACUUGGAAAUAGGGACAGAGCAUUGAUAGAAGAUCCAUUAUAUGAGGAGUUCUGGCAAAGGGAUGUUGAAGAGUCAAUUAGGCAAGGGUAUGCAAAACCUUUUGUGGAAGAAGCUGCAUUACAGGUGUCAGACUGGGGUUUUAGCUUGGCAGAUCUCAAGUUACAGAAGAAAUUUCGAGGUAAAGGUGUUUUGGAUUGGCUCAAAUGGUUGAUUUCUCUACUCAGCAAAAAAGAGGAGGAAUACACAGGCUACCUUGGGCCAAUACAGAUAUGGCAGGGAAUGGAUGAUAAAGUGGUUCCACCCGCAAUGACUGAUUUUGUGCACCGCGUCCUGCCAGGGGCUGCAGUUCAUAAGCUCCCAUAUCAGGGUCAUUUUACCUAUUUAUACUUUUGUGAUGAAUGCCACAGACAGAUAUUCACUACACUUUUUGGAUCCCCACAAGGCCCGCUUUCUAAUAAUUCUGAAGCUGAUCUAACUCAGGAAGACAUUAUUCAUGUUGACAUCGCCACCGAGUGAUGGAUGAUCAUCUUACUAUACAAGGGAGAAUUACCAUGUACAUAGAUGCUAUACGGGGAUUUCUUUGAAAGGUGAAAUUGCAGAUUUCACGUCUUUUGACUCUUGUCUAAGGCUGUCAUAGGAUGGCUCUCUUGCUAAGUUGAGAUACAGAUGUUGAUAGAUAAAAUUAGAAUUUAUUCUCUUAUUCUUGUUCUUGAA